GUAAUGCUGAUUUGCGAAGAAGAGGCCGGAACCACCAAUAUUGCAACUACUAGUACAACAACCAGGGUGCAAGGAGCAGGACGCUGUCACUAAGCAACAUGGCGCUCAAGUCAGGAGAGGAGCGUCUGAAGGAGAUGGAGGCUGAGAUGGCUCUUUUUGAGCAGGAGGUUCUUGGUGGUCCAGUACCAGUAUCAGGAAGCCCGCCUGUUAUGGAGGCAGUACCUGUAGCUCUAGCUGUACCAGCGGUUCCGGUGGUGCGACCCAUAAUUGGCACCAACACCUACAGACAGGUCCAGCAGACGUUAGAGGCCAGAGCCGCUGGUUUUGUUGGUCCCCCACCUCCAGCCUUUGUGGGACCAGUCCCCCCAGUGCGUCCUCCCCCUCCUCCCAUGAUGAGACCAGCCUUUGUCCCCCAUAUCCUGCAGAGACCUGGUGGUCAGAGGCUCCCCAUGAUGCGUGGCCCCCCGAUAGCGCCUCCUCUGCCUCGGCCUCCUCCGCCUCCUCCCAUGAUGCUCCCUCCUUCCCUGCAGGGUCAGACGCCUCCGGGUGCCUCUCAGCCCAUCCAGCACAUGGCUGCUGGGCCUCAGGUCAGUGAUAUGGUCUCGAUGGUGUCAGGCCCGUCCACGAGACAGGGAGCCUCGCCCUCCAUCAAACCGACACAGUCAGUCAUCCAGGCAGCACCGACCGUGUACUCUGCUCCUCCUGCCCCUGUUGGACACAAAAGAAUUGACGUUAGAGCCCAGAGACAAGCCAGAAUGGAGGAACUGGCAGCACGCGUUGCAGAGCAGCAGGCAGCAGUGAUGGCAGCGGGUCUACUGGACAAGAAGGAGCGUGAGGACAGCAGCGCCGUCAUUGGACCCAGCAUGCCUGAGCCUGAGCCCCCCCACACAGAGCCUGUGGAAAGUGCUACAGAGGACAAGAAGAAAGCAAAAGUGGAGAAGGUGAAGAAGUGUAUCCGUACUGCAGCAGGGACCACCUGGGAGGAUGCCAGUCUGUUGGAGUGGGAUUCAGAUGAUUUCCGUAUAUUCUGCGGUGAUCUUGGUAACGAGGUCAACGAUGACAUACUGGCCAGAGCCUUCAGCAGAUACCCGUCUUUUCUCAAAGCUAAGGUGGUGAGAGACAAACGUACGGGGAAGACCAAAGGCUACGGCUUCGUCAGCUUCAAAGAUCCAAACGACUACGUCAGAGCCAUGAGAGAGAUGAACGGGAAAUAUGUCGGCAGUCGUCCCAUCAAACUGAGGAAGAGCAUGUGGAAGGACCGCAAUAUGGAAGUGGUUCGCAAGAAACAGAAAGAGAAGAAGAAACUGGGCCUGAGAUAGUGUCUGAACAAGUGGGACUGUGUGUGUGU